GGUAGCAAUGUGAGAGUGAGGCUUCUGCUUUAUUCCGGACCUCCGCACGUCUCGGUCUCCGCCGUCCGCUCAGGAUGGAUGAGAGGCGAGCUGAACCGGACCGCAACACCGGCACCAGUCCGGUUUCGCUUUACGGGGAGUUUACGGUCACUGGUUAUCGAAAAGUCAGGUGUGCCGUAAGCUUGACCGAAAAGGACCUCAUCGUCCAGAGGCUCACUUCGACACCUGUCGGGCGGAAUAAGCUGGUUCUGAGUCUGAAGGACUGCGUUGGCUGCCGGGCUUACCGGGAAGAUGACAACGCAGACCCAGCUGCGUACUUGUCCGCUUACUUCUACCCGCAAAAACGCCGCUGGAUGAGUUCCGGUGUGUCUCGGCAGAGAGUGGAGCAGAGCUUUCGUCUCGCCGCGCUUCAAGAUCCUCGCGCCAACCUGGAGGAGGCGGAGAAGUGGGCUCGCGCUGUCCGAGAACGCUCAGCCCGGCAGCAGUAUCUAAGAGACGGGGUGCUGAUGAGCGAGCAGUCUCGUCCACGCCGGAUGAUGCUGCUGGUGAACCCUCAGAGCGGGAAAGGACAGGCUCUCACUCUCUACAACAACCACAUCCAACGCAUGCUCAACGAGGCAGGAAUCCCACACACACUGGUCAUCACUGAGCGGCAGAACCACGCCCGAGAGCUGGUGAGGGAGGCUGACCUAACGCAGUGGGACGCUUUAGUCAUCAUGUCGGGGGAUGGACUUCUGUUUGAGGUGAUAAAUGGUCUACUGGAGAGACCAGACUGGGAGGAGGCCAUCCGCACACCGCUGGGUAUCCUUCCUGGUGGAUCAGGAAAUGCUUUGGCAGCAUCGAUACAUCACUACUCCAGAUCCUCUCCGGUGUCGAGUGAGGAGCUCCUGCUCAGCUGUGGUUUCCUUCUCUGUAAAGGCCUUGUGUCACGUAUGGACCUAGUCUCCAUCCACCUUCCCUCCUGCCCUCGUCUCUUCUCCUUCCUCUCCCUUGCUUGGGGCUUUGUAGCAGAUGUGGACAUAGAGAGCGAGAAGUACCGUCAUGUAGGAGCAGCCAGAUUCACCGUGGGCACACUGGUGAGGCUGGCCUCCCUCCGCGUUUACAAAGGCCGGCUGGCUUACUUGCCCUCCCCUGAGGACUGUAACAACCAGGCAUGUUUUAGGAAUAACUUGACUCUGCACUGCAACAAUCAGACGUUAACUCUGGAUCUGUGUAACCGGUCAAGAGACUCUUUAUGCCACAACACCUUCCACAACUCCUGCCACUCCAACAACUCCCUAAAGGUGCGGCGAACAGAAAACACUCCGUCUAGAAGUCCCACUAAAACUCUAAAUGGACCACCGGACUCUCUCAUGCUGCCCCUGGACCAGCAGCUACCCAGAGACUGGGUGGUGGUGCAGGAGGAGGACUUCGUCCUUGUCCUGGCCAUGUACCAGUCCCACUUGGCCGAGGAUCUUCUGGCAGCACCAGAUGCUGCCCCGGAUGACGGUGUAAUCCAUCUCUUCUAUGUUCGAGCAGGAAUAUCCCGCGCUGCGCUGCUGAAGCUGUUCUUGGCGAUGGAGAAGGGCGCACAUCUGGCGACAAACUGCCAACAUCUGGUGUAUGUGAAGGUGCGGGCACUCAGGCUGGAGCCGUUUUCACCCAAAGGGAUCAUAACAGUGGAUGGAGAAGUGGUGGAGUAUGGGCCGGUGCAGGCGGAGGUGCACAGAGGACUGGCCAGAUUAAUCAGUGGAUGAACUGAACCAACAUUUUUUCAUUUUCACUCUUUAAUGCCCAAUAAACACACUUAAGCCUUUAAAAUUAGAAAAUGCAGGUACAGAUGAAAGGAAUGGAUGUUAGACUCAAUCACUGUUAAGGUAACGACAGCCUCUCAGAGGUAAAUAGAAAACUGUGUUGUGUGGAAACAUAUGGGAUGACAGCUGUGAUUAUAACAAAAAAAAGGGCCAUUUAUGGAGACCCAAAGUGUUUAAUAUGCAUCCACAAAACAGACGAAUUAAUAAAUGAAAAGAAAAUUCUUAAUAUAGAUAUAGUAAAUUAUAAAAUAAUCAAAAAAGGGAAAAAGACAUUUUUAGUGUGUUGUUAUUAUAUUUAUGAAAUGCAGUAUCACUGUUUUUCCCCACAAUGGAGCACUUAUGGCAGAAAUCUCUCAUAUCAAAGUUUCCUUUCUUCACCAGCUUGUAUCUCUCAUAGCCUUGAUCGGUCUCAAGACAAACAGCAGAGACAGCUCUGUGACUGGAUGUCUUUUGUGAAAAUAACCUCAAAUUAAGGCUCAGUCCCAUUUCUAACUUUUAAUUCUUGAAAUCAGUUUAAAAUGUCCCUUAAAACAGACACAAGGGUUAGUGGUAAAAUCCUCCCCCUUCAAACUCCUGAAACAUCCUCAGUGGUCAUCAACAGCAUUAGUGUAAAUGUCAAUAAAACCGGACAUUUCUAGCUUCAAAAUCAAAAGAACCAUAAUGCAUUGAAAUAACAUUAAAUUGUGAUAUUAGAUUGUUGUUGCUAUUUUCAAAUCUUGCUGAUGAAUUGCAAGACAUUGUUAGAAAUUUACCUUAAAACUCUGUUUGUGGUCUGCCUCUGGAAAAUUCCAAAUCAUGUAUUUCAACAAGAAAAUACAUGAAUGUGUAAAAUGUAGGGGUGAACGCAAGAGGUGUAGAGGAAUAGAGCCUCAAUGGCUCUGUAUGAAAGCUUUAAGCAGAUAUCUAAUCAUAAAAUUGAAUAUGCCUGGUUGUUCUGAUCAUCUCAUUCACUCUAAAAAAAAUAAAAUAAAAUUAACAGUGGAAAUAUUGUGACAUAAAAUCAGUGUACUAAAAGGAUAUUUUGAGCCUAAAACUGACACCUACAAUAAAAGGUAUCAUAUUUCAGGUUUAUUAAGUGUUAAGAUAUUUACAAAAUAAUUAUUAAAGUUAUGUAUGAAUUAAUUGAGUAUUAACAGUUUGGGUCUUCAUAGCAAAAAAUAAAAUAACAAACAAAUCCAUCAGCAUCCGUAGCCUGCAUCCUCUGAGCGUGUUUGUUGCUGCAUGAGGACAGUUUCUGACACAUUGCUUUGAGUUGCAGCUUCUUAUGCAACAGCAGAGGGUGAAUUUGUCUGCAUAGCUUUUCUGCAACUUUCAGUGCACAUGUGAGUGUGAUGCAGUAAACAAUCAGGAGCAGUGCUGUCAGUGCCAUCCAUAUUUUGCACAUUUAGUCAUCAAGCUGUGCAUGGGUUCAUUAAUCAGAGAAAUCCUCAUAUUCUCAAUAUAAAUGAAAGUCUGAAACUUCUGAAUUCUGGUAUUCUGGUAAUAAUAAUAAUAAUAAUAACUUUAUUUGUAUAGCACUUUUAAAAGCAUGGGUUUACAAAGUGCUUUGACAAGUGCAGAAGCAAGUAGAGGUGCGACGGUGCUUAUCAGAUCUAAUAUUAAUCACUGCUCAGAGAUGAGAGAGAGCAUCAGCUGGACCAUCUUUAGAUAUGACUGCUUAUAUUUAUAGUGUUUUCUCAUAUCAAAGCUCAUUCUAAUGGACACGAAACUUUCUAAAGUGUCUGAUCAGUGGUUAAAGAGUAUAGAGAGGGUUUAAUUGGUUGCCUUGAAGAGCCACUCCUUUCUAGCCUUCCGAACAAACCAUGUUACCUUAAUUUUACCAAAGAACAAGUUAGUUAUAAAUCUUAAUUGAUAAUUAAAUUAUACUUUGAUCAAAGGGACAUGCCAAUUCCAAACACAAGUCUUACAAAAGGUCAGCGAUUAAUAAUUACUGGAGUUUUUGUGUAACCACUCUUUCAUAAACCUACAGGUCCAUUAAACUGGUUUGUUGCAUCUGUGUGGCAUUUAAGUGGCUCAGCCAAUGCUGAGAUAAUAAAUCACUCACAAAGGUUGAUGCAGACCAGGUAAGACGUGAUCCUUCAUAGAAAUAAACACUAAACUCACACUGAUAAACCCUGUGAUCCUGUUCAGUGAGUCCUGCAUCCUCCAUCUUCUUCAUCUUCCUCCUCUUCUUUCAUCCAUCCAUCCGCUGCUUUGAGCACUGCGGUGCUCUGCAGAGUGGUCUCGGGCUGUGUCUCUGGCUCCAGCUGCUUUUCAGAUGCACAAACACAUGCAGGCUGUCCCUGUGGAAGACUUAUUACUGAUCAUCACCGAAAUGUCCUUAACAUCCCGUUUUAAGUCAUAGAGAGGAAAUGAUGAUGGAGGAUUCAGGCCUGCUUUAACAGUAAAGUCUGAUUUCUUUUAAGAUGUUUGUAAUUGUGAUUUAAAUCAUUUCAGACAUCUGGCACAGAAAGGUUAAAACAAAAUCAGACUUCUGAGUCAAAGUAAAAUGAACUCCUGAGAAGUCAUGCCUUAAA